ACUUCCUGCUUACGAGCGCAGUUCCUGUAACGGAAGGCAGGACGCAGGGAUGGCGGAGAAUAUCUCCGACAGCAGCGGCUCUGGCUGCCGGCGGUGCUCCGUUCACGCCGCGGGGGAGAAGGUGCCGAGCCGCGGCGGCGAGGCUUCCAAGUGGGUCCGCCUGAAUGUAGGCGGCACGUACUUCCUAACCACACGGCAGACGCUGUGCCGGGACCCCAAGUCGUUCCUGUACCGGCUGUGCCAGGCCGACCCCGACCUCGACUCCGACAAGGAUGAUACAGGAGCCUAUUUAAUAGACAGAGACCCAACAUACUUUGGCCCAGUGCUCAACUAUCUGAGGCACGGCAAGCUGGUCCUCAACAAAGAUCUGGCUGAGGAAGGUGUACUGGAAGAAGCCGAGUUCUACAACAUCACAUCACUGAUAAAGCUCAUCAAAGACAGGAUCAGGGAGAGGGACUGCAAAACAUCACAGGUGCCUGUUAAGCACGUGUACAGAGUCCUGCAGUGCCAGGAAGAGGAGCUUACGCAGAUGGUCUCCACCAUGUCCGACGGCUGGAAGUUUGAGCAGCUUGUCAGUAUAGGCUACGGGCGGGACCACCAGUCAGAGUUUCUGCUGAUUGUGUCCAGGGAGGUGAGGGGAGAGGAGACCGGUUUCCCCAUCCGUGGCGGCAGCAGCAGCGGCGAGCUGGUCAGCAUUGGCUCAUCCUAUAACUAUGGAAACGAAGACCAAGCAGAGUUCCUUUGCGUCGUCUCCAAGGAGCUGCACAACCAAUCAUACGGCACCAGUAGUGAGCCGAGCGAAAAGGCAAAGAUUCUUCAAGAACGUGGAUCUCGGAUGUGAAGAGACAGUAUUAAAUCCUAAGAAUUUUUUAUUUUGCUCUGAGCUCCAGGUAUAGAAAUGUACACGCUGCGUUUGAUCCUUCAAGAUGAGAAAGAAAGAACUUGGAUCCUACGCUUCCACCCCUCCUUGCCCAUUUGUUUUAUUUUUUUUUUUUUAUUUUGUGUGUGUAUAUAACAGGUCAGUUUAGUGACUUUCUUGUGCCUGUAUAAAACUGGACUUUUUUUUUCCCUCAAUGUUGAUUGAACUUUUGCAACUAAAAAAAGUUAAAUAUGCAUGUAACUUAUUAGCUGAGCGAAGACGGUCAUUUUUUUUGGCCAGUGAUUUACUCAGGGUAUCUAAUUCAUUUUUUUCCCUUCUCUAAACUUGAAUUAUUUUGAGGGAUUUAAGUCAUAUUUGUAUGUCAACGGUCAGUCUCUUUAAAAGGCUGGGAUUUUCAGGGGUGGGGUCUGGCCUACAGUUUGGUAUACAAAGGGCUGAAAAACUCUUUGCUAUUAUAUUCCCUGUUUUUUUUCCUCUCUCUAAAGCCUUUGAUGAUAAAAUCUAUGUAUUUAUAGGUGCAUUAAGAUGUAUUCUUGUCCACUGCAAGACUGCGUUUAGUUUUAGGAUAAUGAAUUCUAUAUUUGCAGUAAGUUUGGGGGGGGGGAACUUAAGUACAUUUUUGGUAGUUUUUUUUUCCCCAUUUAUACUUAAUUACAAAGAACAAAAUGGGUUUGUUGUUGGACUGCAAGUUUUGUAUACUGUAGAGUAAACUAUGUAAAACUGAAGUUGCAGUACUGGAUCUGUUGAAAUGAGUCUCAUGGACAUAUGCAUAUUUAUAUUUUGGACCACCUCAGCCAUUUUUUUUUGUACAUAAUUCUUGGUAUAUUAAGAUUUACAAGUAACACCAGGCCUUUCUGCCUGAAGUUUUUGUGUGUGCAUUUUUUCCCCUUUAUUGCCCGGUUUCCUUAAAUCUGUUUGAAAGUGGACCCCUUUUUUUUGCCUUGUGUGAUUGCACAUGCUCUCAAGCAAGGUAUGCUUGUUUAGAUUUUAUACACUUGUGUUAAACACUGAGAUGUGUAGACUUUGAAAGCCUCAACUCGUGGUGUGUGGUUUUUUUUUUAUGUAUUUUUUUAAGGUUAACUCCAUUAAUGCAGUUUACAAUCAUGCAAGAUAAAACACUAAGUCUGGAUAUUUUAAUAGCCAAUACCGUAACUGCUCCAGCCUUACCAACUGACGCUUAUGCUAGUCUAAUUUGAGAAUUCUUAUUAGAAAGUAUUUAACAGAGUUGCCUUUUUCUUUGAUUAAUUCCAGUGUGGGAAGUGCAUCUUAAAUGUACAUGUUGUCAGUCAGGGAUGAUGAAACCACCACUAGCCACAUCUGUGUGGCUUUGGAUUACUGUAGAACAGUAUGUACAAAUGGGGCAUCCUCCCCACCUUCUUAGAUAAAAAUAUAAAUAAAUAUAUAUAUAUAUAUAUAUAUAUAUAUAUAUAUAUAUAUAUAUAUAAUACACACAUACACACAAGGGCUUUUAAUUAUGAAGUUGUACAAUCUUUAGAGUUCAAUAACAGUGGAGCAGAUUCUCUAUUGCCACGGCUAGGCAAUGUUUACAUAUGCUAUAGUGUUUUGAAGCCUUCCAGUAAUCUUGCACACAAUUCCUUACACAAUAGCUUGUUCUGUGUAUGGAGAUCUAACUGCUCCACAGGUCAGCUGAAUUAAAGAUGCAUUUAAAUAAUGUGUUGUGUUCAUUUGCUUUGCAUCUCAUUAAUUUUCUAGUUUGGUAUAUGCUAUAUAAACACUGAUUUAAAAUAGAGAGAAGUAUGAGUCAUCUCUUCUUGUUGACAUGAACUUCCUAGAUUGAAGCGACUGCAGAACCAGUUGGAUGAUGUCUGUAAUGGGACACACCCAUCAGGUCCAUUCUGCCUUCAUGAAAACUACAGGGUUGUAAUUGGUGUCUUGUAGUCCUUUGGUGACAUUUCCUGAACCAGGAGGCCCUGUGUCAGGUCUGGCUAUGACUGUAGUCCUCUUUCCAUUUCACCAACACAGCUGAAAAUUCACAGCUCAUUUUUACAUUUCUGUUUGAUUUACAUGUGUAGUUUGAUAGGUUUUGUUUGGGUUUUUAUAGGCCAAAUAAAGAGUUUACUUAA